ACCUAGGGCUUUAAAAACAACGGAAACUCAUACCUUCUAUCGAUCUGGAUGCGUUUCUGGCGUCAUUCACGUGAGGCUGGCAGGUGGACAAACUACCGAGCAAGCCAAAUUCAUGCAUUUAGAAUUUUUAUCCUAAUUUUUCAAAAGCUUUCCCCAAGUCAGAUCAGUCCCCCCACUCGACAACCGGAUGGACUGUUGGGCACUUCCUAUAAAAACACGUUUGUCGCGGGAGUUGACGGGAAAUGUAGUUCCUAGUAAAAAACAUUGCUCGAAAAAGUAAUAGGUGUCGAGUUAAAAUGUAACAUUUGUUUAAUGUUCUAGCUAGUCUUAACGUGCAUGUCGUUUGAAAAUGAAAUCAACAACCAUAGUAGGUCACGUUUCAAUAUCCAUCAAUAGUACUUGGAAAAUGUUAAACACUUGUAUACAUUUGUUUUAGCUAGCUAACCAGAUUAUCACUAAAAUAGCUAACAAGCUAAUGUUAUUAGCCACGGUCCGUCCCACUUGCAACACAACGGUCUCCUGUGCUUUCCACUGUUUCAAAAUGACCUCGCCUUAUUUCGUUGAGAGUACCGCGGUAUUCACUCGGGGCGGUAACAAGACCGUACCCCAUACCGGUUUAGCCACGACGUUAAAAACUAGGAUGGAGAGGAGAGUGUUGAGGGCGCACGUGAAACAGGAGGAAGAAGAUUCGAGCGUAUCAAAUCAGAGUUUGGGACGAGACGCUUCAGAUAUUGGCUCCUCUAGGUUCCAUCGCUCAUCCAUCGGCCAAUCAAAAGCUGAGCCAGACAAAGCCCGGUCCCUGUUACCACUGGCACCCAUCUUGCGUAGGAGGAGGGGCCAGGUGAAGGUGGAAUAUGAUGGGAAGGUGGAGCCUAAACACUGGGAGCCUCCUGAUUGGAGCAAGCAGCUGUGUCAUGUGCGUCAGAUGAGGAGCGCCAGGGAUGCGCCUGUUGACCUCAUGGGGGCGGAGAAAUGCUACGACAGACACGCCCCUGAUGAGGUGCGACGUUACCAGGUGCUGGUGUCUCUGAUGUUGUCAAGCCAGACAAGGGACCAGGUGACCAGUGCAGCUCUGCAGAGACUCAGGGCUCAUGGCUGUACGGUGGACAACAUAGUCAACACUGACGAUGACACACUGGGACAACUCAUCUACCCUGUUGGCUUCUGGAGGACCAAGGUGAAGUACCUGAAGCAGACGUCAGUGAUGCUCCAGAGGGAGUUUAGAGGGGACAUCCCUAACACAGUGGAGGGCCUGGUACGACUACCUGGAGUUGGACCCAAGAUGGCUCACCUGGCCAUGGACAUCGCCUGGCACCAGGUCUCUGGCAUAGGCGUGGACACGCACGUCCACCGUAUCUCCAACCGGCUGGGAUGGACGAGAGGUGGGACCAAGAACCCAGAGGAGACACGCAAGGCCCUGGAAGACUGGUUACCAAGGGAUCUAUGGAGUGAGAUCAACUGGUUGCUGGUGGGGUUUGGUCAACAGGUGUGUCUACCUGUCAAUCCUCUCUGCUCCGUGUGUCUGAACCAGCACAGCUGCCCCUCCGCCCACCAAGCCUCCCCAGCCAAGAGGCCUAAAGCUGGGUCACCUCGCUCCCCACACUCCUCCAAGACCUCCAGGGUCAAGCUGGAGCCUGGUUUGGGGUUACCACCCCCCUCCUCUGCCACAAUGGUCAAAGAGGAACCUCUGGCUACCACCCUCUCCCCUCCUCUGCUGCCCAGAAAGAGGAAGUCCAAAGCCAAAACCUUCUCUACAUGAUACGACAGAAGGGGGUAGAAUCCCUAUAGAGAUAUAGGGACCUGGUCCCAAUUCUCUCCUUCCUCCCAGUGUACACGUGUCACUUCCCUUGACUGAUGUGAAAUGACCGGUACUAGAGAUAUGGUGGUAACUCCUACUUGCCCAGUGGUAUUAACUUCUUUAGCAGGGAGACCAUUUUUGGACCGAAUUUCUGCAGACCCCAUUUAUUUUGCUAGAACUUCACAACCCCAACCCAAAAUAACCUUCAAAUCAUUACAUUUACAUUUUUUACAUCAACUAAUAACCAAUUCAUUAUAUUUUCAUAUCUUAUCAAACUGAAAACCAAUAAAUGUACUUUUCCAAAU